UCCGUACUUUUUAUAUAACCCCACAAGCUCCUUCUAAAAUCUAAGAGAGGUUGCAAAAAUAUUAAAUACGAUCUCUGAUUCUGCGACGAACGCGGAAAGCGAAAUUGGAGAAGAAGAAGAAAAGCCCCCCACCACCACCACCACAACAACGUAAAGGAAACCCAAAAAGUCGGAGGCCAAAAUAAAAAUAAACCCUUUAUUUUAAGUCGCUUGCACGAUCUCGGAGAAGGAAGAAAACACCGACCCAGAAGAAAAGGAUUCAGCUUUUCUCUGAAUUCGUCAUUCUCUUUGAAAAAGUAUUUUUCUUUUUUUCUAUUGAAUCAGUUCUCAAAACUUUUUUUUGAUCAGAAUGAUUUUGCCAUUUAUUCGAUUUGUUCUUUUGAGAGCCAAGAGCCAAGCUUGCUUAACUAAAUUUGAAACCUUUUGAUAGAUUGUUGUCUCUUUCUGGUGCUUCUUGAUGGAUGAAGAAGCUGUGAAACCCUUUGGAACGACUGAAAUGAUGAAUAAGGAAGAUGGUUCUAGCCCGGGAGGUGAUUCUACAGGGAAGGCAAUGGCUUCAAAGUCUAAAGAGAAAAAGAUCCCUCAUUACCUCAGAGCAUCCACUGGUUCGUGUCAUGAUCUGUGCAAGUAUGGGAAGAGACAGAUACCUGUGGAGAAACCAUGGCGUUCGACUACUAAAAAGAUCUUCAAGAAAUCUCUUGAUGGGGAGUUGAAUGAAACUUUGAAGCCGGGUUCUUCUAAAGUGAAGAAGGUAAUGGAUGUCAAGAAAAAAAUGGUUAGUGAUGAUUCUUCUGAGGUGAUUAAAAGAGAGGUUGUCAAGCAUCAAGUGAGUGGUGUCUCUAGUGGAGUGAAGAAGCCAGAGGUAUUGAUAAUAUCAUCUGGUGAUGAAACUCCUGUGAAGCAGAUGAAGAAGAAGACAACAUUAAGUUCCAAACUUAAACCUUCACCAGAUUUGGGAUCUCGUUCAUCAGGAAAUGUUGAUGCCCUGAAGCCGAAAGUUUUAACGAAAUCGUAUUCAGCACUAGCAACAUCGAAAUCUAAGGUAAACCAUGAGCAUGUUGCUUCACCAGUUUUGAAACCUAAAAUGGGUAACAGAAGUGAAGGAAAAGACGAAGAUGCAAAGAUAAAGAAGGUUACAGUUUCCUCAAGAGUUGCUUCUAAGAAGGUUCCGGUGACUCCUAGAGCGUCGCUUUCUCCAAGAUUAUCACUAAGAGUAGCUGGAAAUUCAAGUUUGAGAAAGAGUCAGAGCUUAAAGGCCGGCUCUUCCUCUUCUCGGCAAAAUCAGAAACCAAAACGUGUGAAUCACACUGAUGAAUCUAAUAAGCAGUUGGAUGAUUAUCCAGUCGAGGAGAAAACAUUGCACGUUGUUGAAAUGGAAACAACUAACAAUGUCGUCUCUGAAAAUGAUCAGAAUCAGCAAGGUUUUGUUGAACCUUUUCUUCCUCCUCUUCCACCGACCCACUCAAUUCCAAAAGAUGAUGAGUGUACUGUUUCAGAAACAGAGGAGUAUGAGUACACUUCAGGAAGCAACGAAGCUGAGAGCGAAGAAGAAGAGAUUGGAUUGUCCAAUGGAGAGAAAAAAACAAGAGCGGCGAGAAAGGAGGGUGAUUCUGCAGAUGAAACUGCACGGAAGUUACGUUUCAGAAGAGGAAAAAUUAUGGAUCCUGAUACUGUUGGUGAGAGUGCAAGGAAGCUCAAGUUUAGACGAGGAAGGGGUCUAGGGGAAGACAAAGCGCAAGAUGCACAAGUUAGGAGAAGCUUUAAGAAGAGGGAAGAUAUCAGAGAAGAAGAAGUCGAUGAGGAUGGUGAAAAAGUUGUGCUGAGGCAUCAAGAUGUUCAGGAGAAAGAUGCACAGGGACUGUUCAACAAUGUCAUUGAAGAAACAGCGAGUAAACUCGUUGAAGCUCGAAAAAGCAAAGUUAAAGCUUUGGUUGGUGCUUUCGAAACCGUCAUUUCUCUUCAAGAAUCUUAAAACGUCCUGCUAACUCUGGUAUUGGACAUGCAAGAGCAAAAGCUAACAUUGAAUCUUUGAUUUUCUAGUAGUAGUUUAUUUGGUUUUGGUUUGGUCUGCAGAAACUGGUAAUCUAGAUUGAGCCGGUUUGAAUCGUUUCGGUUUGUUGAACCUGAAGAAGAUUUGAUGCUUCAUACAAAGUUAAAGGAUAUGUCUCUGCCAAACAUUAAUAGUGGUGCUUUGUGAAUAAUACUUGAUGGAUUGGGGUUUGUGUUUGGUUUUGGUUCUUCUAGACCGGUUUGUUGGUUUUCAUUGGAUUGUUUGAGUUUAUGGUUCAGUUUGUAUAGAAAAAUUCUGCUCUGUUUUCUUACAUUUGUUGUUGGUUUUUGUCUUGUAAAAAGAAGCACUUUCAAUA